AUGGAAAAAAGGCUUAAAAAAAAUGAUUACGAAAAUGAAUAUAAAUACUACAUACUACAAAUGGGAAGAAAAUACACCUAUGUAGGCUUUUCAGGAUUACACAAACCUCUAUCGGUUCAUAUCACGCCAGAUUUUUUUCUUUACAACGAAAAUUUUCAUAAUGUUGUUGAAGACAAAAAUAAAAUUUAUGAGAUAAUACAAAUGUUUUCAAAAAAGGAAAAGGGCGAAACUGAGUUAUAUAAAGAGACAGGUUAUUCAUUGUCUACUGAAAAAGAAAAAUCGGAUGAACUAACAAAGAAAGUAAGUUUUUCUAAUAAUAUGGCUUCGCCUGCCGAAGGUGCCGAUAACUUUUCUACUCAUAACCGUGCAGAGGAUUACGCUACUUCGGCUAAAAGUAUCAUAUAUAAUGGAUAUGCUGAAGAUGAUGAAGGGAAUUACAUCGAUGGAGAUGAAAAUAAUAAUAAAUUAGAAAAACAUGAACCCAAUGAGAAAAGAAAAGAAAAAGGAAAGAACUUGAUUUACCAUUACGAAUAUAAAUAUAACCAAGAUAUUAACUUAUGGAACAAAUUUUUUGAAGAAUUUGUUUUCAAAAUAUUUCAUAAUUUCCUUAAAACAAGUAACAAGGCAAAAAAAGUUAUUGUCGUUUUGAAUAUGUUUAUCCCUACAAUAAUUAAAUAUGCUCUUUGUAAAAGUUUAAUAGAAAAUUUUGAAUAUUCUUCAAUUUCUUAUAUCAACGACUUAGUAUCUCCAUUAUAUCUGUGCAACUGCAAUACAUGUGUUGUAAUUGAUUUGGGUUAUUUAAAUUGUAGAUUGUUGCCUAUAAUAAAUGGAUUUCCUUUAUAUCAUCAUUAUACCUAUAUAAACAAUGGUGGAUUUUAUAUCAAUAAUGAAAUUAAAAGAUUAUUAAAAGAACAAUACAUAAAAAGAAAUAUGUGUAAAGGGAAAGAUCCAAAUAAUGAUAUCACGUACAGUUCUAAUGGUGCUAGCUCUAACAGCGUUAAUAAUAAUCGGUACAACAAUAUGACAUGUUCAGGUGAAAAAGUGAUAAAUGUACAUGAAAAAAAAAAAAAUAUAGAUACAGAUAUAUCAUCUGAAUUAUUAAACUAUUACUAUAAUUUAUAUCCUCUAGAUGAAAUUUUAAAUGUUAUUGAUAGCAUGACAGAUGAUAAUAUUGAAAAUAUGAAAAUAAGAUAUUGUUAUUUAAAAAAUGAAAAAACUAAUUUUAGCAGUGAUAAAUAUGUUUUAUAUCAAUUUAAAAAUUAUGAAAUAAUUAUAGAACCUAACACUAGAUGGAAGGCUUGUGAAAUAUUAUUCAAUAUGGAUCAUGAGCAGAAUAUAUACUCUUUACUUUCAUCUAUAGUAGAUAAAUUGAAUAUUUUUGAAUCCUCUGUUUUUUAUAAUAUAUUACUGGUUGGUGGUUGUAGUAAUAUUAAGGGAAUUAUUUCAAAAAUUACACAAACAUUCUAUGAAGUACUAAAGGAAAAAAAAACAUUCAUUAAAGAUUUUGGAAAUAAAAUAAAUUUUCUCCUUCCUAAAAUAUCCCCUAAUUUACGUCAAUUUAUAGGGGCUUCUAUCUGCUCCAAUUUGGAAAAUCUUCCUGACUAUACUCAGGAACAUAUUAUCAACAAUGUUUUAUAUGAUCACCUCAAUGAAGAUGUUUACUUAACCUUUAAGAAAUAG